ACCCAGGGCCCAAAAGCGAAUUUGGUUCGCCGGAUUCUGGCUUCUGGGCAUGAAUUUUCAACGGUUCCUGCGUUCGCUCAAGAGGCCUAAGCAUUCCUUAGCGCCAAAUAUUCAAAGUUGCUCAUUCAUUACUUCCGCCGCAAAAUUUGCUUCCCGUGUGAAUAUUAUGGAGGGAGAUGGGAGCAUGAUCCAGGAUCUUGACAACCGUAUCACCCGUGUUUUGUUUUGUGGGCCCCACUUUCCUGCUUCUCAUGAUUAUACAAGAGAGUAUUUGCAGAAUCAUUCAUCUAUCAAGGUUGAUGUUCUCCCCUUGGAUGAUGUGCCCAAGGCUAUUGCUGACUAUCACAUGUGCAUAGUAAAAAGCAUGAGGUUAGAUUCAAACAUAAUUUCUCGUGCAGUUAACAUGCGGCUUGUUAUGCAGUAUGGGGUUGGUCUGGAAGGUGUUGACAUUGAUGCUGCAACCAAGCAUGGAGUUAAAGUUGCUAGGAUUCCUAGUGAUGGUACUGGAAAUUCUAGUUCGUGUGCAGAAAUGGCCAUAUAUCUAAUGCUGGGUCUCCUUCGCCGCCAAAAUGAAAUGCGAACUGCCAUAAAACAGAAGAAGCUUGGGGAUCCAAUUGGUGAAACAUUACAGGGAAAAACAGUUUUUAUUUUUGGCUUUGGGAACAUUGGAAUAGAUUUAGCAAAGCGAUUGCGACCAUUUGGUGUAAAAGUUAUUGCCACGAAGCGGAGCUGGGUUUCAUAUGGUAAUGAUGUUGGUGACCUCAUCGAUCUGAAGGGUAAUCAAGGAGAUAUAUAUGACUUUGCAAAGGAAGCUGACAUUGUCGUUUGCUGCUUAAGAUUGAACAGCGAAACGGUUGGCAUUAUAAACAACAAAUUCAUAUCUUCGAUGAAGAAGGGAGCUUUUCUGGUGAAUAUUGCUAGAGGCGGUCUAAUAGAUUAUGAGUCUGUGGCUCAGCACCUUGAGUCAGGUCAUUUAGGUGGCUUGGGUACAGAUGUAGCUUGGACGGAGCCAUUUGACCCAGACGAUCCAAUAUUAAAACACAAGAAUGUUAUUAUCACUCCUCAUGUUGCGGGUGUCACAGAAUAUUCUUAUAGAUCCAUGGCUAAGGUUGUUGGUGAUGUUGCUCUUCAACUCCACGCAGAACUUCCUUUGACUGGAAUAGAAAUUGUGAAUUGACCUGGUGCAUAAAGUAGCAUCCUGAGGCCCUUUAAGCAUGUUUAUUCCGUUGAGGUGAUGAAACAUUUCAUGAAUUGAAUGAUUUCUGAAAAGAACCAAUGGACAUUGGUGGGUUAGAAACGCCAAUAGAUAUUGACCUCUUUCAAAUUUUUGAUUACUUGGAUUUUUCUCCAUCGAUUUUUUGCUGAAAGUAGUUAAAUGAUUUAAAGAGAUUAUUUUUAAUGGGCAAUGACUUUAUCAUAA